AUGUUGGACCCAGAUAUUUCAAAUGCUUUAGCUGCCAAAUAUAUUGCAGUUCCACUUAUGUUCCCUAUACACCAAAUAUCUGUCAAAGACUUUGCAGGUGAAGUUGGAAACCAAAGUGCUGACCCAGGUGCAAGAACAGAUAUUGCCUUAACAACUGCAAUGAAACAUGCAGAUACUAUGUUUGUACUGUUCAGACGAACUAUAAAUGACUAUUCUUGUUUCUACAACCCCGGUAUUAAAUAUCAUAUAAACAUAGAUGGCAAAUAUUAUCCAAGAGAAGAAUAUUCUACAGUUGAGGAUAUGAGGUCAUACAACUUGACAUUAGAUGCUAUGAACUUUAACAACAACUUCACAACAACCAUUAACCCUGAAAUGCAAAGUUCUAUUAUGCCAUAUGUGAAAGUAUGGACUCAUACAGGAGGUCAAAAAACUCAAUAUACAAAUGGAGACCGUUCAAACUUUUGGCUUGGCAUUCCAUUUGCUGACUCAGAAGACUUUAUGGGUGGUAUUUCAACUGUUGGUACAGUUCAAAUACAAUAUACUGGUGACAGAGACGGUCCAGAUGAAUUGAAAGCAAAGAA